UCCCUCAAACAAACUCUGAAGAUGAUAUAUAAAGGAAAAGACUUCCAUUAUCUAUAUCUCUGAGUCGGAUUACAAGACAAUAAUAUACUUGCAAAGCCUAGCAGCUGCACAUAUCUCUUCUUCAUAUAAAGUAAGACCCACCCCAAAUCACAGUUUUUGAUCAAAUGGGUAGGAUCCCAAGCACCGAGGAAGCAGAAGUUCCACAAUCUGGUGAACCAGUAGCUUCUUUCCCUCCAACAACUGGUUCAUUUCCGGCACACUACCAAGCAGAAGAGAGUUCAUCAGUUGGAAUACCCUGGAGCACUGGAUUGUUUGACUGCGAUCAGCACCAAACAAAUGCGGUUAUGACAGCAUUUUUACCUUGUGUGACGUUUGGUCAGAUAGCAGAGGUACUGGACGAGGGAGAACUGACCUGUCCUCUGGGGAGUUUCAUUUAUGUAUUGAUGAUGCCUGCACUGUGCUCUCAGUGGAUCAUGGGCUCAAAGUAUAGAACAAAGCUGAGGAAGAAAUAUAAAUUGGUGGAAGCACCAUACGAGGAUGUGAUCUCUCAUUUCUUUUGCCCAUGUUGUUCCCUUUGUCAAGAGUUCAGAGAGCUCAAGAACAGAGGACUUGAUCCAGCUUUAGGAUGGAAUGGGAUCCAAGCUGAACAGCAAGGAAAGGUGUAUCGGGAUCGACAAUUUCAGAAUCCUCCUCCAACUCAAGCAAUGUACAAGUAAAGAUUGUAAUUUCUUAUUUAAAAAGGUCAAUUUGUCUUUCCUUCAGAAGGAUUUUUCCACUUCCAUUCCAUGUUUGAUUUCUAAUGUGUGAAGUUGUCUUUAUUUAGUUCUUUUUUUUUUUUGGUCAUUUGUUUACUUAAUUCAAGAAGUAUGAGCCAGUGAGCUCCUUGAACCAUCUCUGUACUUCUUUUUUGUUUUCUUUCUAUCUGCAAACCGGUG